AUGCUGCUGAUGGCACGCAACAGCAAGCGCCACAAGACUGAGCCCGAGCAUCCGUCGGACAGCCUUGGGGAGGUCUGGAUACGGAGGGCCAGGAGCGACUAUGUCACGGCUGUCGAAGAGGAGGCUUCCCGCCACACCACUCACCGACAAAGCGUGGACCCAGAAUUCCUGGAGGAACUGCAGAGAAGGCGAGAGGAGUACGUCAAACAGAAGAAGUCAGUUGCUGGGCAGUGCCACGUUCUCAGUGAGAGCGACCUCGAGGAGGCCUUUGGGCACGAGGGCUCCUUCGUCGUGCGCGGCGAACCCCCGUCCGACGGCUGGAUUUGGAGCGCCUAUGAGGAGCCCUACACGGAACGUGCAUGGACGUUUCUCCCCGAAGACGGCGGCAGCCUUCAUCAGGAGGGCAUCUGCAACGAGAGCACCCUAGCAAAGACCUGGGGUAUUGCCAUCGCCAGCUGCAAGGGAUGUAAGUCGAUUGGUGACACCACGGUCGGCCAGGACAACUUCGCAGCGGCGCAGCUGUCCUGCGGGUGGAAGGCACUUUGCGUCUUCGACGGGCACGGCAUCAACGGCCACUGGCCCGCACUCCGAGCGGCGCAGACGAUGCCGUACUUCCUGCAGCAGGCGCAGUGCGCGGAAGCGCUCAAGCGCGGGCACGCUGCUGCAGCCCUGACCACCGCGUUCCGCAAUGUCCAGGAGGAGAUGGAGGCCGCGGCUGUUCAGGAAGAGCUUGACCUCCAUCUUUGCGGAGCUACGGGUACCGUCGCGCUGGUUGCCCCAGGGGGUAAGUCCGUUUGGGUCGCCACCGUGGGAGAUUCGCGGGCUAUGCUCUUCGAUUCUCACAGCAAGACAGUGUAUCAGACGUCUGACCACAAAGCAUCGCGAGAAGAUGAAGCGGCGCGCGUCAAGCAGGCAGGUGGCAAAGUCAUCAUCUCUGAGUAUGCAGAUGGCACUCGCGACUACCGCGUUGCGCCGAAGGACCUGUCAUCGCCUCAGAUCGCCGUCUCCCGGUCACUUGGGGACUUGAUCUUCAAGGACUCCGGCGUCAUCGCCGUCCCUGAGAUCGUGGAGUGGCAGGUUGCGAAGCCUUCUGAGGCAUAUUUACUCGUUUGCAGUGAUGGUGUCUGGGAGUUUCUCACCACGAUGGAUCUCCGGUACUUGACCCUGGAGGCUUUGCAGUCGGAGGGUGCCUCUGCCACCGAGGUAGUGCGUGGACUUCUGCAGAGGGCCAAGCAGUCGUGGAACGAUCAGGAGGAGUUCUACUGUGACGACAUCACAGUGGUGCUGGCCAGCCUCAGCGGGGGGCUACCCGCUUUGCUGAGGGCUCCGAAAGAAAGCUGCCCGGGCUGUAAGCAAGGGUCAUGCCCCAUGCAGUAA